AUGAAGUCUCUGCUGUGUCAUCCAGGUGAACCCAUACCUGUUCCAAAUGAAUGGUACCAGCAAGGGGACUUUGUCAUUGGUGGGAUGGUAUCUAUGGCUAGCUAUCACUUUAAUGAAGUUUCAUUUCAGCAGCAUCCCUCUCAGGAGUAUUUUGGCCAUCCAGACGUGCUAACAAAGUUUUACCAACAUAUCCUUUCCUUGGUCUUUGCUGUGAAGGAGAUCAAUGAGAAUUCAGAAAUCUUGUCCAAUGUCACUCUUGGCUUCUAUAUUCAUGAUAGCUACUACAAUGCAAUAAUGACGUAUCGGACUACCCUGGACCUGCUCUUCAGAUCAGAGAGAUUUGUCCCCAACUAUAAAUGUGACACUAGGAGAAAUCUCAUUUCUAUCAUAGGAGGGCUCAGCUUUGGAACUUCCUCCUAUAUCGCAGAUCUGGUAAAGUUUUACAAGAUUCCACAGCUCACAUAUGGGUCAUUUACCCCACAAGAUGUUCAUAGCACUGAGAUUCCAUUCUAUUACUCCAUGGUUCCAAAUGAGUCCUCACAGUACAUUGGGAUUAUCCGACUGCUUCAACAUUUUGGGUGGAGAUGGGUUGGGCUCCUUGCUAUUGAUAACAGUCAAGGAGACCAUUUUCUGCAGAGCAUGGAGUCCCUCUUUUCCCAGCAUGGAAUCUGCUCUGCUUCUACAGAAAGAAUCCCAUUUUUAACCUACUGGGACAAGAUUUUUGAAAUGUUCAUAAAAGGGAAAAAUAUUUAUAAACACAUAAUUGAUGAGAAGACCAACACCUUCAUCAUCUGUGGAGAAUCUUUGACAAUUGCAUGGUUGACAAAUAUAAUUUUUGCACUUGAUCCUGGACAUGAGCAGAGUUCCUUUGGAAAGGUAUGGAUCAUGACUGCCCAGAUGGAUUAUUUAUUAACAGGAAUGAAUAAAAAAUGGGAUCGUCAGUUCUUCGAUGGUGCCAUUUGCUUUAAAGUUCACUCAAAAGAAAUUCCAGGAUUCAAGGAAUUCUUGAAGUUCAUAAAACCUCCUUGGAUUCAAGGAGAUAAUUUUUUUCCACUUUUCUGGGAACAAGUAUUUGAUUGUUCAUUACCAUCCCCUUCUUUGACCAAACUGGACAAUUCCAUUUGUACUGGAGAGGAGAGGCUAGAGGACAUUCCUGGGGCUCUUUUUGAGGUAGAGAUGUCUGGGCACAGCUAUAGUAUCUACAACGCUGCCUCUCUAUUGGCUCAAGCUUUACAUGCUCUCUUCUUACUUCGAUGUAAUCACAGGCAUUUUUUGAGGCACAAAUUAUCAGAAUAUGAAGAUUCACAACCAUGGCAGCUCCACCAAUUUCUGAAAGGCAUGAAAUUCAACAAUUCUCUUGGAGAAACAUUGACUUUUUAUGAUCAAAAGAAGAUGGAAGGUGGAUUUGAUAUCAUAAACAUUGUUGUCUUUCCCAAUUCCACUUUCCAGAGACACAAGAUUGGAAAAGUGGAUCCUGAUGCUUUAAAAGGAAAGGAAUUAGUCAUUAAUGAGGAUAUGAUUGUUUGGCAUAGAUCAUUUAACCAGAGGAAGAAUGAAGGAAAGAAAUUCUGCUGUUAUGAUUGUGUUGAAUGUACAGAGGGGAAAACCUCUGAAGAGAUUGACACUGUUGCUUGCUUUCAAUGUCCUGAUGAUCAAUAUGCAAACCAUAAGAAAGAUGGAUGCAUCAUGAAAACAAUUAGCUUCUUAUCUUAUGAAGAACCUUUAGGACUCAGUUUAGUCACUGUUGCUACUUUAUUUUUCUUCACUACAAUAUGGGUGUUGGGAAUAUUUAUUAAGCACAAAGACAGUCCUAUUGUGAAAGCCAACAACCGGGAUCUCACCUACACUCUCCUCAUCUCCCUUCUGCUUUGCUUCUUCUGCUCUUUGCUCUUUAUUGGACAACCUGGGAGAGUCACCUGUCUUUUUAGACAGUCUGCAUUUGGUCUCACCUUCUCAUUGUCCAUCUCUUGUGUGUUGGCCAAAACCAUCCUUGUUUCUCUUGCCUUCAAGGCCACCAAGCCAGGAUCUCAGAUAAGGACGUGGGUGGGGAAAAGACUGGCUGUUUCUAUUGUCCUUCUCUGCUCUCUACUCCAAGCAAGUAUCUGUAUUGUUUGGUUAUCCACCUCUCCCCCAUUUCCAGAGUUAGACAUACACUCAAGAAUUGAAGAAAUGGUUCUACAAUGCAAUGAAGGCUCAGUCUUUAUGUUUUAUUGUGUUCUGAGCUAUAUGGCUCUCCUUUCACUUGCCAGCUUCAUUGUGGCAUUCCAGGCUCGUAAACUGCCUGACAGCUUUAAUGAAGCCAAGUUCAUCACCUUCAGCAUGUUGGCUUUCUGCAGUGUGUGGGUCUCCUUUGUUCCAACGUACCUGAGCACCAGAGGAAAAGCCACAGUGGCUGUGGAGAUAUUUUCCAUUUUGUCCUCUAGUGCUGGGCUUCUAGCAUGCAUCUUUUUCCCCAAAUGUUACAUUAUUGUAUUUAGACCUAAUUUAAACAAUAGGGAUCAACUGAUAAGAAGACAUGUUUAA